AUGAGCGCGGACGCUUUGAAAAACGAAGGAAACGAGCUUCUCAAAAAGAACGAUUUGGAUGGAGCCAUCGGAAAAUAUACCGAAGCGAUCGCCUUGAAUCCUACAAACAAGGUCUUCUACUCGAACCGAUCAGCCGCCUUCGCGAAAAAGAGUGAAUACCAGAAAGCUCACGACGACGCAGUGAAAGCAAUUGAACUUGAGCCCACAUGGCCAAAAGGCUACUCGCGGAAGGGAGCCGCUUUGGUCGGAUUGAACCGACUUGAAGAGGCGAAAAUCGCUUACGAAGAAUCUCUCAAGCUCGACCCCAACAACGCCGCGACAAAGACCGAAGUUGAGAACCUCAAGAACAAACUCUCCGGCCCCGGCGGUUCGCAGCCGAUGGGAAAUCCAUUCGGCGGAAAUCCGGCUGAAAUCUUUCAAAAGUUGGCGACCGAUCCGCGAACGAAGAAUUACAUGAGCGAUCCUUCUUAUUUGCAGAUGCUUCAGGAGCUUUCUGCCAAUCCUUCCAAUGCCAUGAAGCACAUGGGCGAUCCUCGAAUGCAAGCGACUCUCCAAGUCAUGUUCGGAAUCAACCUCGGCGCCGAUGACCAAGGCAAUCCCGUUGUCAACCCCACUGCCGACAACAAAGCUAACCAAGAAAUGCCCAAAGGUCCAAAAAUGUCCUUCGACGACAUGGACACCGACUCCGGUCCUUCCGAGCCCAAGCAGUCCAAGCCAGAGCCAACGCCUUCGAAAUCCCCCGAGCCAGAGCCAGUACCAAUCGACGAAGAAAAAGAAGAGGCAAAACGAGCCAAGGCGGCUGGAAAUGAGUUUUACAAGAAGAAAGACUUCGACAACGCUGUCAAGAACUACAAAAAGGCUGUCGAGCUCGAUCCGGCUGAGAUGAUUUACGUCAACAACUUGGCCACCUGCUACUUCGAAAUGGCCAAGACCGGCAAGAUCGACAACUACGACCAGUGCCGGGAAUACGCGUUGAAAGCCGUCGAUGUUGGUCGAGAAAACCGAGCAGAUUACAAGACCAUUGCCAAGGCUCUCAAACGAGUUGCCAUGUGCUACGAGAAGGAAAAGAACUUUGAUGAUGCCAUCAAGUGGUACAACAAGUCGCUCUCCGAGCACCGAGAAAAGGACACUCUCCAGAUAGUUCAAAAGCUUGAAAAACAAGCGAAGGAAGCAAAGCGAGUGGCCUAUUUCGAUGAAACGAAGGCCCAGGAAGCAAAGGACAAAGGAAACGAGUUCUUCAAAAAGGGUGCUUUCCCAGACGCGAUCAAGUCGUACGAGGAAGGGCUCAAGCGAACUGCUGAUGGAGACUGCGACAUGAAAGCGAAGCUCCUUUCGAACAGAGCCGGCUGCUACGCGAAGUUGAUGGAGUUCCACCGAGCGCAGAAAGAUUGCGAAGAGGCGCUCAAGUUCAAGCCCGACUUCGUCAAAUGCUGGAUCCGAAAGGGCUCCGUUUUGGAAGCCCAGAAACAGCUCGACAAUGCCCUCGAGUCCUACAGAAAAGCAAUCGAACUCGACCCCAACGCCAAAGAAGCCCAGGACGGCAUGAACAGAGUGAUGUCGCUGAAGUACGCCGCCAGAAACGACCCCGAACAAGUCAGAGCCCGUGCGAUGAAUGACCCAGAGAUCCAGGCGAUCAUGGGCGACCCAUCGAUGAGAAUGAUCCUCGAACAGAUGCAGCAGAACCCUCAAGCGGCGAUGGAGCACAUGAAGAACCCCGACAUUGCCCAGAAAAUCCAGAAGCUGGUCGACUGCGGUCUCAUCUCCGUCUCCAGCCGCUAA